CCUUUCGAUACACCAUCCGGGGCACGGCACAACCGGAAACGUCAACAGGCUGACAUCGACGACGUCAUCGAGUCGUUCUCCAGUCUUCUGACGAGAAACUUCCCACGUCCCGAAACACCAGAUAUGGACAGACUCGCAGAAAUAAAACCGUCGGAGGAACUACGUCAGAUGUUCAAAGAAAUCGCGACUGCCCAGUCGGAAGCAGCAAUGCAGACUCGACGCGAUGGACAGGCCUCCCAACAAUCUAGAGGACCUGACGCAAAUGCAGUCGAUCUUGCUAGAGAGCGAGAUGCGCAACUUGCCGCAGCGUUGAACGUCGCUAGAGACCGUCUCAAGUCCAUGGUCGCGGAACGGAACAAGAUUAAAACCGGUACCUGGGUGGCCCCGGAAAUGGACUUGAACGAACCUCAUAUCGUGGUCAGCAUCCUACCAACGUUGCCCGACACCAGUGAUGCACCUGCCUCGCACGCCUACGAGUUCGAUCCAAACAUACUGCCGAAACUCGAGUACGGCAAAAACAUCUUUCAUUGGAUCAAGGCAAUGAAAAUCAUGGUCAACAUUUAUGGAGAGCAGCGAGUGUGCUCAUCGGUCUUCCCGUACUGCCUGGUUGAAGGCUACGCAGUAUACUACUGGUUUCUCUACCUCGGCGACACCGAUAUCGAGUACAUGAUCUCUCGGCCUGGUUGUUGGGAGUUCAUGAAGAGAAGAAUGACCGCAAGGUGGGGCAUCUCGUUAGGACUAUUCCAGGACGAAUGCGACCGAAGGCUCAAGAGGGUAGACGAAUCCUAUACAGUCUACGCAUACGAAAAACUGCAUCUCAUCGAGGGAGCAUACCUAGGUUUCAACGAGGAUAAUAAGGUGCUAAAAAUCAGGGCCGGCCUGGACCCAUCAGCCAGUCAAUACUGCAGAGAAUAUAAAAGCCUCGAUCGCUUGACGGACGAAUGCAUGUGA